AUGAAGCACGGGACGCUGGUCCUGCCCUCAGACCGAGCCAGAGAAUACCUAGACUGCCUGGGAAAGAACAUCGACAUACAGUUUAUCGAUAUGAACGAGAAGACGAUGAAGAGGCAGUACAAGAAGUAUAUCCAGAGGAUCGACGAUAUGGAGAGAAUUCUUCGUUUCCUGGAGGAGAAUAUAAAAAAAUUGCCAAAUGUAAAAAUCAAAAAAAGUAAAAUAGACUCUUUUCUCGAACACGAUAAUGUGUAUGAAUUGGAUCAAGUGGAGGAGUCACUAAACCGUUUGCAUGUGCAGUUUGUUCGUUUCUGCAAUAAUAAUAAGGACCUUGUUGAUGAGAGGAACAACGCUAUAGAGGAGAAGCACGUGAUACUGACCGCCAUGAAUCAGCUGAACCCAGAUGGGACAAAGAAUGGAAAUGUUGGAAGGAGACUGCAGGAGAGCUCUCUUCCCUACGACGAGGUGAAUGACGAGAGUGUGUCUCUACAGACCAAUAUGAUGAAGGACGGAAUGAACAUGAUGAUGUUUACGAACAUAUCUGGAGUAAUAAAGACGAAGGACCAAGAAAGUUUCAGCCGAACCAUUUUUAGGGCGCUCAGAGGAAACACAUACACAUACUUCCAGAGCAUCGACGAGAGUGCAAUUUCUUCCAAAGGGGGGGAAGCAGCAGGAGGAGCAGUCGACGGAGUGAAUGACGUCGAUGAGGGUAUCGGGGGAGGAGCACCACCAUCCUCCCGCAUACACAACGGAGGUAACGACGAUGAUGAUGUGGCGGAUGGAAGGAACGAUAUCGAAAACGACAAGGGAAAGACGAAUGAGCCGAAGAGUGUCUUCGUUGUGUAUUGCCAGGGAUCUUCCCAAAGCAACAUAUACCAUAAGAUUCUGAAAAUAUGCCAGGCAUACGAUGUGAAGACGUACGAUUGGCCGAAGACGUAUGAACAGGCAAGGCAAAGAUUGAACGAACUGAAAGAGAUCAUUACAGAUAAGGAGAAGGCAUUGAAGGCGUAUGAGGAGUACUUCAUAAAUGAGAUCUUCGUCCUGAUAAAUGUCGUUGAGCCGAACAAGAACAGCCUCAUAGAAGAGUGGAAACUGUUUUGCAAAAAGGAGAGAUACAUAUAUAAUAGCUUGAACUGUUUCGAAGGAAGUGACAUCACGUUGCGAUGUGAUUGCUGGUUCAGUGCAAAUGAUGAGGAGAAAAUUCGACACAUGCUGAUUACCAAGUCGUCGAACGAUUUGGUCUCCGCCUUGUUGUUGUCCGAUAAGGUCCUCACUCCAAACAUCUCCCCCCCGACGUAUAUUAAGACGAACAAGUUUACCAAAUCGUACCAAUCGAUGGUAGAUACGUACGGCAUCCCCCGUUAUGGAGAAAUCAAUCCAGCCAUUUCGACGAUCAUCACUUUUCCAUUUCUAUUUGGAAUAAUGUACGGCGAUGUAGGACACGGAGUAUGUAUCUUCCUCUUUGCUCUUUUUCUAAUCCUCAUAAACAGUCGCAUGAAGAAUAAAAAUCAAAACGAGAUGGUUAGUAUGUUGAUGGAUGGAAGGUAUAUGCUGCUUCUUAUGGGCUUCUUCGCCAUCUACGCCGGCUUCCUCUAUAAUGACUUCUUCUCCAUGCCGCUCAAUUUGUUCACCUCCAUGUUUGAAGUGGAUAAACAGGUCGACUCCGUCGUUUACUACAAGAGGAGAAAAGUGAUGAAUGAAGCGACAGGCCAAAUGGAAGAUGCAGAUCCGUACCUCUUCGGUUUCGACGCAAAGUGGCUAGGGGCAGAAAAUGAACUUACCUAUAUUAACUCAUUUAAAAUGAAAUUUUCCAUCAUCAUCGGAUUUUUACAUAUGACGUUUGGAGUGAUAAUGAAAGGAUUGAAUGCAUUACAUUAUCGGAGGAACAUGGAUUUCUUUUUCGAAUUCUUACCUCAGCUGAUGAUGAUGCUCUCUAUUAUUGGGUACUUAGUCUUCCUAAUCAUAUACAAAUGGGUGACCCCCAUAGGUUACGGAGGGUACCAGAAGCAGGGCAUCAUAAACACCGUUAUUAAUAUGUAUUUGAUGAAAGACUUAACAGCGGAGAAUCAGUUUUACGCUCAUCAGGGGUUGGUGCAGACCUUCCUGAUUGCCAUCUUCGUUCUGUGCAUCCCGCUUAUGUUCGUGUGUAAGCCCGCCAUUCGAACGUACCACAUUAUGAAGGAGAAGAGAUUCCGGGGGGGCAUAUCAAGAGGGGGCAGCUACAGGGGAAGCGGCUACGGGGUAGGGAGUUACUCUAACCACGAGGAGAAGGAGAUGACACACACGUUUAACCACCUGGUGAGUGGAGAGGCAAGCGGGGGGAACUCCUCCAAUAUGGGGAACUCCACUGCUUCCCCUCCCACCCUGCACAAGCGAAGCCCCAACUUGGCCUUCCCCAACAACCGCGAAGAGGACUACCUCUCCCCCAGGAGGAGAAACAAGCCAACGGACGACGAGAUGGAGGCCCACCUCCUUAGCCCUUCAUCCCCCAAUGACCCCGACGGCCUGAUGGAGUCCUUCGGAGCGGGCUCCGUGGGAACUGCCCAUCACGAAGAGAACAUCUCAGAAAUAUGGAUCGAGCAGCUAAUCGAGACGAUCGAAUUCAUUUUGGGUCUAAUCAGCAACACGGCUUCGUACCUGCGACUAUGGGCCCUGUCCCUAGCGCACCAGCAGCUGUCAUUCGUCUUUUUCGAGCAAACUAUCUUGAACUCACUCAAGAAAGAUAGCUUCAUGUCCGUUCUUAUUAAUCUAAUCGUCUUUUCGCAGCUCUUCUCCAUCCUCACCAUCGCUGUCAUCCUCUGCAUGGACACGCUGGAGUGCUUCCUCCACUCGCUGCGGCUGCAGUGGGUCGAAUUCCAGAACAAGUUUUACAAGGGCGACGGCAUUCCCUUCCGCCCCUUCAACAUUAAGAAGCUGCUCUCGGAGGGUGACUAA